GGUGAUGACAUACUGGUACCGAUUUUCAAGAACAAGGGCAAUGUGCAGAGCUGUAACAACUACAGAGAUUGAUGACCCUGACGUGAUCUGAACACCUCCUCACCACGGUGGAUAGGACCACUUGAUGGCCAGAAGCCAUCCCACUGUCAUUAAUGACGUCCACCGACAUAGCCCCGGCGUUGAUCGGGACCCGUGUCGCCCGGUUUGGCACCCCAUCUGACAUCUCCUCAGACCGGGGCUCACGGUUUGCAUCAGAGUUCUGGAACGCGGUCGCAGAGAGCAUAGGGGUGAAGUGCCACUGCACCACCGCAUACCACCCGCAGGCCAAUGGGGUGUGCGAGUGGUUUCAUCGCUCUAUAAAGGCCGUUCUGUGGGCCAGCCUCAAGGAGAGCAGCUGGGUCGACAGGCUCCCAUGGUCAUGCUGGGCCUCAGGACCACCCCUAAGGAGAACCUCCAGUCCUCAUCCACUGAAGUGGUUUAUGGACAGCCGCUGCAGGUCCCAGGGGAUUUCGUCCCCAACACCACAUCUCCCUGGUCUGCAGCCCAUCAAUGGACCACGCUCCUGGAUAACGCCAGAGCUUUUGCACCAGUCCCCACUUCGCAACAUGGCCUCCCACAAUCUCACAUCCCCGCAAGUCUGCAGUUGGCAGAAUAUGUUUCCAUCCACCAUCACGCCCACCGUGGACCCCUACAACCUCCCUACGACAGGCCGUUCCACGUCCUGGAGACCGGAAACAAGCACUUUGUUGUGGAAGUUGACAACAAGCCAGAGCACAUUUCAGCAGAUCGCCUCAAACCAGCUCACCUGGACUUGGAUCGAUCUGUUGGAGUUGCCCAGCCCCCACGGCGAGGGCGCCCUCCUACCCUGCCCCCACCCCCCAACAAGGCCCCUAAGGUUGCCCCACCACCCGCCCUACCCCCAUGCUGCCACAGGGUCCUUAAGGCCCCUCUUGUAGGCACCCCGGCCUCUGCACCUGUUCGGUGAAGCCGUUGCGACUGAGCCAUCCGCCCCCCUCCACGUUGACUUUAUUUAUUAUGGUGAAUUCUGGGGGGAUGUAUGUAGCAGAUUAUAUGGGCACAGUUCACUAUAAUUGGUAGAAACGGGCCCUUUAAGAGAGGGUUUCCGGGUUGAGAGGGGGGAGCGAGGACGUGGAUGGUUGGAGUAGCACCAUGUUGUAGAGAUGGUGAUUUUGUAUUGAAGAAUAAAUGACACGCGUUCAUAUAGUCAAUGAGAGAAAUUGUCCGUCUCCACUUUUCUGCAAUUUCCACACACUCAUCUUCUUGCCUUAACCUACAAUUAGUUGCCUUUAAAUGGAACACUUCACAACCUGUACUCUAUGGCGGGUUGGUUUCUGUCUCAAUGAAUUUACCAAGCACUGUUCUUUUUUUUUUUUAAUUGCCCCCCCCCCCCCCACCUUUUCUCCCCAAUUGUACUUGGCCAAUUAUCCCACU